GACAACCAAGACAAAAUAGCCUCUUCCACUCUCCACCCACUCCCUUAACCCCCCCACCCCACCCCACCCCACCACCACUCCAACAAACCCCACAAAAACAAUCCCUGCUGUUCUCUUUUGUCCCUCUCUUUUUAUUAGGUCCUCCAAACUUCUUUCACUAGAUAUCAUACAAUCCAUCAUCUCUCCUACCAUUGGAUUCCAAGAAUGUAGAUAGAUAAAUAGAUACAAAAUAUAACAACACAACACACACACACACACAAAAAAAAAAACAUCAGUAAAUUUUCUUAUUUUCUUCUUUUUUCUUAAUGGCAAGUGCUACUACAUCAACACAAAAAAUUCAAGAAAAUGAUGAAGAUGAUGAAGUUACAAGUCACAACAAUGGUGGAGUUAUUAGCAGACAUGAAAUUAAAGAUGCAAUAGCUAAAACAAUUGAAUUAAGAGCUCUACAUGCUGCUCUUUUACAACAACAACAACAACAUGGGAUUAAUAAUAGUCCUGUUAAGAAAUUUGGCACAACUACUUGUGUUUCUCCUAGUACUGUUUCUCUUCAUUCUCAUCAUUUUUCUGCUCAAGAUUAUCCUAUUUUCACACCAAGCUAUGAAGAUGAGCCAUUACCAGGAUACAAACAACUACAGUUAGAUCACAACCCAAACUAUGCUGAAAUUUGGGAUGAGUAUGGCUUUGGAGUAGGAAAUGGUAACAAUGAAUCCGUAAAGGCGAAUAAUUCGUCGUUGAAAAAUGGAUUUACCAACAGUCUGAUCAACUUAGAACCUCACGUUUGUCCGGCUGAUGAUCAGAGAUCGGUAACGAGCUCGUGUACUGAUCAAAACACUACGCGUAAAGCUUCUCCUAUCGCUCGUUACAACAAGUCUCGGAGGAACUCAUUAGGGGACUUCAAAGUGAUCUCAUCUUGCAAUAAGUGUAAGCCUGCGAUAAUUAGUACUGAGGCUGAUGGUGUUGGUGGUGGUGGUAGUACUACUACUAGUAAGAGUGGGAAGAACUCGAAUGUCAUCGUGCCAUUGACGGAUUCACACGUUUCUGUUCAAUCGCAGCCAAAGAGUAAAACCGGGAGGAACUUCUCGUGGCUGUUCCCUAAGCUGAAACGGAAAAGCAAAGUUGAAAGUUCACCAAACCGGACAGAUCAGUCCGCCGAUGAGGUCUCUCAGGUCUUGAAAGAUCAUGUAGGGAUGUUUACAAUCGAGGCGUUGAAGAAAGAGGUUAUGGAAGCCAACGAGAGUAGAGAUGCAGCGUUGAUUGAAGUCACGGAAAUGAAGUCGUCGUUAGGUGAGUUGAAGCAAAAGUUAGAGUACUUAGAAACUUACUGUGAAGAGCUGAAAAAGGCCUUAAGACAAGCAAUUCAAGCAACAGAAUCUCCUAUAUCCUCCAAGCUUAGAAACUUUCCGAAAAUUGGGAAAUCCAUCGAUGGGGACGGAGAGAACAUGAUCCCGGUGAGUGAAGAUGUAAUGCUAGAAGGGUUCUUACAGAUUGUAUCCGAAUCAAGAUUAUCGGUGAAACAGUUCUGCAAGACUCUAAUCGGACAGAUUGAAGAAACGUCAGACAGUUUGCUAUCCGAUAACUUGAACCUUUUGCUUCAACAGUACAAACUAUCGCUCGACUCCAAGUACUCGAAAGCAGUACUUUACCACAUUGAAUCCAUCAUAAACCAAUCACUUUACCAAGAUUUCGAAAACUGUGUGUUCCAAAAGAAUGGCUCACCAAAACACUUAGACCCUCAACAAGAUCGCCACGCUCAGUUCUCAUCUUUUGUCGCGUUGAGGAACCUAAGUUGGAACGAGGUGUUGAGGAAGGGGACAAAGUACUAUAGCGAAGACUUCAGCAAGUUCUGCGAUCAGAAAAUGAGUUGCAUUAUCGCGGCGCUUAAUUGGACAAGGCCAUGGCCUGAACAACUCCUCCAAGCAUUUUUCGUUGCUGCUAAGUGCAUAUGGUUGCUGCAUUUGUUGGCGUUUUCGUUCAAUCCUUCCCUCGGGAUUCUACGAGUUGAAGAGAACAGGACUUUCGAUAUGCAUUACAUGGAGGACGCUUUCGCCGAUAGGCAAAAAUCACAAGGUCCUAGCAAGGUUAAGGUCAUGGUUAUGCCUGGUUUUUAUGUGCAGGAUAGAGUACUUAGGUGUAAGGUAAUAUGCAAGUACAAAAAUGUAGCAUAGUUUUGAUUAUCUAACUUCUAAUAGUAAUUUUUGUUGAUGAUUA